AUGAAGGAAACUAUUGGCACUAAUGCAAACUCUAGUCACUCUGAUAAGGAACUAUUGGUACGCAAGGAGCGAUGGAUACCUUAUCUAAUCUAUCCGCGCACUCACCCAUCUAGACUUCAAAUGAUCGCUGGUUUCGGUAUUCCCGUUGAAGAUCUGUAUGUCGAAAAUGUACUGACCGGCUACGUUUUGAAGGCCCAAUACUAUUUGCCAAGUACUGCUAAGCAACUACGCACCAAAAACUUGCACUCGAUAACAGAGCCUCGGCAGGAGCACUAUGGAAGUAACGCUUCUUUCUUUGAGCAAAUGCUGGCGAAAAGCGAAAGUGAGCUUGACUUACCAGAGAUGAAGCCGGAUAUAAAUAUGAACUCCUUGAGCAGGUAUCGCUGGGCUGCCUAUAAGGGCUUUGAGGCUUUAGGUUUGCGCAUGAAGCUUAAUGGACGCGAGUGUGUACUUAAGAGUAUCUGUGAGAGCGCCAUGACCCCAUUUGAUGAGCGAAACGGGUUGCUCGGCGAGCUCUUGCAUAUCUUGUUGACUCCUUCCAGCUCAAAGGAUGCCCUAUCAGUGCACACGGAUAACGAUUAUCUUCACGCAGAGCAAUUGGGCCACAAGGGCGCCGACUGUGACCAGGUCUAUUCCCGUUGCCCAAAGUCGUUGCUUCAACAUUUCAGCGAUGUCCAUGCCUGGGGCAGUGACAUUUUGAAAAUGUUGGGUGGAUAG